CAAAAUGUAAAGCACUUGCAGAUCCAAGUUGGCAGUAAAACGGUGCGUUUAGAGUCGUGUUCCUUCCUCCCAACUGUGCGAGUGUAACAGCGUGUGUGGAUCUAUCCCACUGGUAGAAGAAGAAGAAGAUGCAGUGGUACUUGGUCGCUACGCUUCUCACCGUUCUCACCAGUUCUCAGGGAAUAUUAACUACCCUAUCUCAAAGCAACGGAGCUUAUAAAUAUGAUUAUGCAACUGUUCCAUUUCUCGCCGAGGUUUUUAAGCUUGCUGUUUCAAGUUUGUUACUGUGGAAGGAAUGUCAAAAGUCACCUCUUCCAAAGAUGACAACGGAUUGGAAAACAGUGUCUUUGUAUCCAAUUCCUUCGAUUAUAUAUCUGAUUCAUAAUAAUGUUCAGUUUGCUACACUCACAUAUGUGGACACUUCCACAUAUCAGAUAAUGGGUAAUUUGAAGAUUGUUACCACUGGAAUACUAUUCAGGCUUUUCUUGGGGAGGAGGCUUUCUAACUUGCAGUGGAUGGCAAUUGUGCUGUUGGCUGUUGGAACAACCACAAGUCAGGUCAAGGGCUGUGGAGAGGCUUCCUGUGACUCCGUUUUCUCAGCACCAAUUCAGGGUUACAUGUUAGGAGUUCUAUCUGCUUGUCUCUCAGCAUUAGCUGGAAUUUAUACUGAGUUUUUGAUGAAGAAAAACAACGACAGCUUAUACUGGCAGAAUAUGCAGUUGUACACGUUUGGUUCAAUUUUCAAUUUGGCACGACUUAUUGUGGAUGAUUUCAGAGGUGGGUUUGAAAACGGGCCCUGGUGGCAACGUAUUUUCAAUGGAUACACUGUCACUACCUGGCUGGUAGUAUUAAAUCUAGGGUCUACUGGUCUUUUGGUUUCAUGGUUAAUGAAACAUGCUGAUAAUAUUGUAAAGGUCUAUUCCACGUCCAUGGCAAUGCUGCUGACAAUGAUUCUAUCAAUAUUCCUCUUCACCUUCAAACCUACGCUGCAGCUUUUCUUAGGAAUUAUUAUUUGUAUGAUGUCUCUACACAUGUAUUUUGCCCCACCAAAUGUGCUCUUAGAUAUGCCAUUAACAGUUAAAUCAGAUGAAGAGAGGCUCAUUGAAGUUUCUGUUGAUAGGAGACCACAUUCUUGAUGUAUAUUGACAUCUGACCACAACACUUUGGUUUUUCCUAGAAGGCCUAUUAAAGUAAUCUGUUCUAUAGCAGAGUUGCAGAAUAUUAUUUCAAUCUGCAAUGGUUCAAUGAUUUCAAAAAGCAUGGGAUUCUUCAUUCGAACGACUUUGUCUCUAUACGGAUAUUAGCUAAUUUAAACAUCCCAUGUAUUGAAGGAAAAGAUGGUUUUAACCUUUAAUGAAAUGCAGUAAAUGUGAUUCACUCGAAAAGUGGAUGUUGUCUUUUGGAUUUAGGCAAAGUCUUUAACUUCUCUCUGCGGGUACUGAUAGGGUGCUACCCAAAUACCCAUUGACCCUAUGGCACAAGUAGCCAGCCACCACAUGUACUCUAUAUUUCUAACCUGUUGCUGUACGAGCUAAACAAUUUUUCACCAUCAUUAAUUUGAAUAUCCUUGAUUUACAGUUUGAUGAUAA